AUGCCGACACCCAUCCAGGAAACGUUUACUCCCGGUGUGGUUUACCUUGUGGGGGUCAUCUCACGCCUGUUGUCACCACCAUGCGCAACCUACACCGUGCUCGGCUUUCUGCAGGGCUUGCUUGGGCUACAGAUCACCAAAUGGAUUUUAAUCCUGAGCUGCACCUCGUCGCUCCCGGCUCUCGCCUUCGCCCGUUCCCUCUGGAGGCAUUUCCGCGAAGAGCGGGAAAUCCGUGCACUGGGCGCUGUGCGCGUUCCCGCCUUACGAGGUCGUUGGCCAGGAAAUGUGGACUUCAUCCUUCGCAGAGUCAAGACCGCGCGCGACGGCUAUCCUCUUGAGGAGCUUCAGGAGUUUACGCAGCAGGUUGGCAAGAUUUUCAGUAUCAAUAUCAUGGGUGAACAAAGAAUUGUGACCUCCGAUCCAACUCAUAUCAAGACUAUCCUGGCCACCGAAUUCAACAACUGGGAGAAGGGUGCGGUAACUAGGCGUCAGAACAUGUCCGUCUUCGGCACGGGUGUGUUCAACGCAGACGGGGAAAUGUGGAAGUUUCAUCGCUCCAUGACUCGCCCAUACUUUAACCGGGAUCGCAUCACGGAUUUUGAGACUUUUGGGCGGCAUGCCGACGAGGCGAUAUCUGCUGCACGCGCUCGCGCCCUCUGUGGUGCAGCGAUCGACUUCCAGGACCUCGUCUCUCGCUUCACGCUUGACUCCGCGACGGAUUUUCUUCUCGGUUCGUGCGUGCACUCGCUGUAUGCUGUCAUUCCACCAGUGCACGGCGCCCCCGCGCAUAUCUCGCACGCUGCGGACGCGUUUGCGAAUGCACUCAUGAAUGUGCAACAUGGUCUCGCACAGCGCAGUCGAAUGAGUCCAAUUUGGCCACUCUUUGAGAUUUUUGGCGAUAGGACCAGAAAGGACAUGCAGACCAUACGGGAGUUCGCUGACCCGAUUAUUCGGGAAGCGUUGCGGAGGAAAAAGGACCUAAAGGAUUCCAAGGACAUUGAAGCACCCCAUCACACCCUGCUAGAUGAGCUCACGGAUGUUACCGAUGACUUGAGAGUAAUUUCCGACGAGACAUUCAAUAUCCUCCUCGCUGGUCGCGAUACUACCGCGGGCACACUUACGUUCAUGACGUACCUCCUCGCAGAGCACCCGCCCGUCCUUCAGCGCCUCAGGGCAGAGAUUCUCGCGCAGGUUGGUCCGACCCGUUAUCCGGAUUUCGAUGACAUGCGCGAGAUGAAGUAUCUACGAGCGGUCAUCAACGAAACACUGAGGAUCUUCCCUUCGGUGCCUGCGAACGCAAGGUCGCCCAUUAAGUCGACGACGCUGCCGCCGCUGGAGCCUGGCGGAAAGCCGUUCUAUAUUCCGAAGGGCACUAGAGGAAUGUACAUCGUGAUGAACAUGCACAAGGACAAGGACCUAUGGGGCCCUGACGCAGAUGAGUUCGAUCCUGACCGAUUUUUGGACGACCGGCUUACAAAGUACCUCGUCCCGAAUCCCUUCAUCUUCCUGCCUUUCAAUGCAGGGCCGCGAAUCUGCCUAGGCCAGCAGUUCGCAUACAACGAGAUGUCCUUCUUCAUGGUGCGCCUGCUGCAGGCGUUUGACCACAUCGAGCUAGCUCCCGACGCGCAGCCCACCGAGUCACGCCCUCCGGCUUCCUGGGCGACAAGCACGGGCCGCAAGGCGGUUGAGAAGAUUCGCCCGAAGUCCGAGUUGACUAUGUAUGUGCAGGGUGGCUUGUGGCUUCGGUUCGGGGAGGCGGCUUGCGAGCUCUCCUAG